AUGUCACGAAAAAACCGCGCUCCAGUCCGAUCGGUCUUACCAGACUUAGUUUUUAAUUCCAAAGUGAUUACCAAGCUAAUCAACACAAUCAUGCAAAAGGGUAAGAAAGUUUUGGCCCAGAAAGUUCUUUACCGUUCGUUUGAUUUGGUUAAGGAAAAGACUAACCAAGAUCCGAUGGAAGUCUUUAAAAAAGCGAUUGAAAACAUCACUCCUCAACUUGAGGUGCGAACCCGUCGGAUCGGAGGAGCUAACUACCAGGUGCCAGUCGAGGUGACCGAGCGUCGGAAAAUGGCUUUGUCGCUCCGCUGGUUAGUUAAGUACGCCGUGCUGCGUUCAGAAAAAACGAUCGAAGUUAAACUCGCUAACGAAAUCAUUGACGCUUCCAAAGGUGUCGGAGGAGCCGUCAAGAAGAAAGACGAAAGCCACCGCAUGGCCGAAGCUAACCGCGCUUUUGCCCAUUACCGCUGGUAA